GGGACAAAGUGGAAAGGUCUUGCGAGCACAGCACAGGUGUCCAUCCUCUCGUCUCCAACACGUGUUCAUCCCGAAGCUAGCUAUACACUUGUCAAAGCUCCAAACAACCAGACCCUUCCCGGGGAGCAUGACGAGGAUCACCUUAAUUACCUUUCAAUUUUAACCCAUUGCCGACGCCCUCUCUCUCUCUCUCGUUUGCAAAUCCAUUUAUAGUCAUAUAUCUCAAGACUAAAUCGAUCCGUGACAGGCCACAUAUAUCUUUCUACCCUCUUCUAUAUACGAGUAGCUAAACAACCGUGUAGAGCCAUAAUGUUCAACGCAAUCAGAUCAGCCAGGAGCCAGCCGCCCACUUUCUUCUUCACGCCGCUUCCAUAUAACAUUCGUUGGAGCACUUCCGGUUUAAGUUUCCGGCAACCGGAGGUCGGGGCGAAACGAGCUCAGAAGGACGACGACAUGGCCCAGCAACCGCAGCAGCAGAACGUUAUUAACCCCGACGGCAAAACAGGCGACGUGAUGUCUCAUUCGUUCGGCGAAGGGUACGCAACGAGGUCGGAAGAGGAAGGUUUUGGUGGGAUUUAUGGAGGCAACGACACUUCUCAACAAGCUGAGGACGAUGGAGACCAUGCCAAGGCUACCCACGAGGAUCACCCUGAGUUCGAUAAGAGCCAAGGAAGCGAAGUCGCGGAGAAGGAGAAGGGGCGACACCAGAAAACGUGUUGAGGCUGUCUGAUACCUCUCUUCACAUCGCAUUGGAGCUUUUUGCUAUCUACUUGAGAUUUCUCUCGUCUUUUGUUCCCACCCCCCCCCCCCCCCCCCCCCCCCCCGGCUUGAGAAUGUAAUGACCUUUUUGGGUGCAUUAACCUCUUCGAGUUUUGAGGUGCUUCUUUAUCCCUCAUCUGAUAUACAUAUACAGUAAUUCGUUGAAUGUUC